UAAACACAAUAUUGAUGCCAAUACACAUUUUUCCUCGACGUUUGCUGAAGUGCAAAAGCCACUCGUCUGAAAAAUGUGAUCCUUACUAUGUGAAAAUGUAGCCUAUCUUCACGUGCCGACGGAUUAGUCUAUACGACUGUGUAGCGUUAGAGUAAGUGUCACAGAAUAUUGAAAGAAAUGACCACCGUGAAUGACCAAGGGAAGUUUUGCACACAAACGUGAUUUUUGUAACAUCUUGUGCCACUGCUACAUUGUGUGAACGGGCGGGGCUAAAAAGCGUCAUGUUGACCAAUAAGAUUUCGCUACCCUAUGUAAAUAAACCAGUUUCAGUUUCAACGUUAAUCCAACAUGGAAAGAACAGUCUAAAAAAAUGCAGCACGUUGCCUGCAUGUAUGUACCUCCCCAUAUGUAAAUGUUUAACGUUGCUUUGCCCAUCUUUUGUUUUUGAUUGAGAUGUGAUAAAGUACCUAUUGUGAAUCUUAGCUACAGCGAAUUCGGCGUGCAAACUUAAACGUUAAAUUUUUACUUCUAUUAGGGCUGCCACUAGAGUUAUGGGUGUGUGCACGUGUUGCAUAACGUACUUGUCGUACCAGUUUUUCUCUGCGCCAGGUACAGACAGCAUCAUGGAUGAAUUGCUGAGUAGGCUCCGGUCGCUGACCUCAGACCAACUGCGGCAGCAGGUCAUCGAGGCGGGGUUGAAGUGCGGCCCCAUCACCACCACCACCCGGGCGAUCUUCGAGAGGAAGCUGGCCCGCACCCUCCUGGAGACAGAAGAGGAUGACCCCGGACGGCCCUCCUCCUCCAAUGGAGAACUGGCAGGUGGAGGGCAGGGAGGGAACCUGGACACCAGCCCUGAUCUGAUAUCUGACGGGAAAGAAGCUCACCCUUCUGAAGAGGCACAGGAAGUGAGUGUGCCUGAUUCUCCGCCUGUGUACUAUGGAGUGUGUCCUCCUAGGGAGGAGGCCUCGGGGAAGGAGGACAAAGUUAGGGUGUAUGUGGACAGGAGGAAAGCUCUGAGGGCCACGAUCACUAUGAAAGGGGCCCGGUUCAAGGCCUUCUCAACGAGAGAAGAAGCAGAGACGUUUGCAAAGGGGAUCAGUGGACCAAUCCCAGCAGAGACGUUUGCAAAUGGGAGCAGUGGAUCAAUCCCAGCCCAGCCUACCAUCAGCACACCAGACGGGCCACAGACAGGGGUUUGGGGACCUGUAACAUCCACUGGUGGUGCUGUCUCUGGGGGAGGUUCUGCGGGGAACCUGGAACACGCUAAUGAGUUCCGCAGCCCCAGGACCCAGGACCUGACUGCCAAGCUGAGGAAGGCUGUGGAGCAGGGCGACCAGGAGGCCUUCAGUACCCUGGUCUGGUCCAACCCACGGUACCUCAUCGGUUCUGGAGACAACCCCCCUAUCGUUCAUGAAGGAUGUCAUUACAAUUCUCUUCACGUGGCGGCCAAAGAGAACCAGGCUGGAAUAGCACAGCUACUCCUGGACACACUGGAGAGCCCAGACUUCAUGAGCCUCAUGUACCCUGACGACCAGGAACACAUGCUGCAGCAACGCAUCCGCUACAUCGUAGACCUGUACCUCAACACUCCAGACAAGGCGAGCAAUGAAACCCCUCUUCACUACGCCUGUAAGUUUGGAUGCCCAGAUGUGGUUAACGUUCUGUGUUCUCAUCCUGCCACCGAUAAACACCGCAUAAACAAGUAUAACCAGAAGCCCCCCAGUGUUAUAUGUGAAAGGAAAAACAAAUCCCCUGAAAUAAGGAAACAAAUCAGGGUUUAUUUGGAGGACAGGUGCUAUAUCCCUCUGCUGAGAGACACAGACAACAGCUUCCAGCCUGUGAUUGGCUUGCCAUGGUCACCUGACCCACAGGGGGGCGAUGUUCAUUUGCUGAACUGUGGGGAAGCAGGAAGUCCCAUAGACCCAGUCAUGACUGUAAAGGCCUAUGUGGGCCCCCUCAGUCCCUCAAAGGCAGAAGAGUUUUACAAACUGUGGAAAUCCCCGUCGAGAGAGCGAGCAGUGUAUUUCCAUGGCAUCCUCAAGUCAGACCCUGAUAGAGGUGUGGAGCGUGUGGGGAGGGAGAUCGCACAUGACAUGGGCCAUCCAUGGGCCGAAUACUGGGGCUUCCUGGACAGCUUUGUCGACCUCUCUUCCGAGGAGGGACUGGUGAGGCUGGAGGACUACCUGAAGAGGAAAGACGAUCACUGCCUGAUCGCUGUCCAUGGCAACGACCCUCAAACGCCGGCGGCUGUAAUGGACCCGAGCCCUCCGCUGACAGAGACGAGCUCGGUGUCCCCUGUGUGCAACCUGCUGCCAGAGUUUGAGAGAGCCAGCCUCCAUCGCGGCACAACCACAGACCAGAGAGAGGCCGUUGGGGCUGAAGAGCCUGCUCUCUCUGCAGCGGGGGCAGAGGGCUUGGACCUGGGCGACCGCAGCUUCUGGAGGACCUGGGCCAGGAACCAGGGGAGGACGGACGAGGAGCUGUCCAGCGCCUGUUCCGAGGAGUACCUAACAGCAGACGAGGGCUCGGAACGCUCAGGUUCCUUUGGAGACGUGCUGACGGACAGGAGAAGCUCCGCCUCCUCCUCUUCUUCGUCUUACAAGUCCACUGGAGAUACGUCUGUGAACACGGUCCUCAUAGCAGACACCCCCACAACACAGACCGCUUUCAUUCAGGGACAAUCUCCUACCAAGUUGGACAGGGAUGUUCUAGACGCCUUGAAAGACCUAGAGAUUGAUCCUGAGAAAUACCCCUGUAUUACAAAGUGGAAGGAUAAUAUUCAGACCUAUCCCUUGUCACAGAGGCUGAGCUGGUCUAGCCCCACAAGAAGCUGCAGGGAGACCCAGGAGUUCACUCCAAGCAGACCCCGCUCCACAAGCCCUGGGCCUCACAGCCCCACACAAAACUCUUACACCCAGCACAUCCUCCGUAAGACCCUCUUUAGGUCACCAAACUGACCUGAACACCCAGCCAGAUGAUGAUCAUUGUGUGACAGUUGGGGUCUGGGUGUUCUGCAGGUUGGAGAGAUAAUCUCAACACUAUUGACACAAAUAAUGACCACACAGUGCACAGAAUUUGUAGUGGAAAGAGGAAAA